AUGGCCGAGAGUCCAUCAGCCCCUGGGAGUGCGAUCAAGGCUUCCACCAAACACUGCUCAUUCCUCAAGCUAGACGAAGAUAUCAGGCGCAUGGUCUAUGACAUCUUGGAAGCUCUUCCACGGAAAGACAUGGACAAGAAGGAUAGAGCCAGAGUCAGAGACUUUAGCCAGGAAGCACAUGAAGAAUUCAGGAAGCUCACAGUGACAAGAAAGAACCUACGGUUGACGUGCAAGCAGAUCAAGAACGAGUGGACUCCGGCUUUUCUGCGUUCGACGACUUUUUGUCUCAGCCUCAUCCGCAUGCGUUUGGGGUUCGAGAUUUUCGUUCUAAACAAACUUAGCAAGACGGAGAUCAUGAACAUACGGAGAAUCGUGUUCGACGGUUCGAGACAAGGCUUGUUCGCCAAAUAUGGAUGUCCAGAUCUUCGAAGCUCGGACGCAGAGGUACUGAGGACACUCGCUUCGGUUCUCACACGGCACAAGGACCAAUUGAGGCUGGAAACUCUCGACAUCACAUUGUUCGAUGAUUUCGGGCCGCGUCUCUUGCGAAGAGAGAAGGAAGUAACAGUUGCGCAACUUGCACGGUAUCACUAUCGAAAGAACGGCUGGAAGCCGUACUACAUAGGGAUGUUCGAGACUCAGAUUACGGGACGGUCUUGGAAGGAGCCUCCAGAAUCCAGCUCAGGGUCUGAGUUCUGUGAAGCGGAAUGGGAUGUGACAAGCAUCAGCAGCGAUACGAUCAGAAGAGCCGAGGGAGAGAAGAAUUGUUAUUGGGAUUCUGAAGCAGGUUUCGACGCAAACGACGGACUUGAGGACACUUCUGAGACCGACGGAGACCUCGUUUCCGAUGUAAGUGGGGAGGAAAUCGCAGAAGAUGAGAUAGACGACGAAGAGGACAGCUUCAACGCCAAUCAAGACCUCAGUCAUCAGGAUCCGGAGGCCGUCGAGCAGAUCGAAAUCGCACACAUGAAAAAGCGAAAGCGAGCUUUUUCUGAAGUCGAAGAGUGA